AUGCCGCGAUCAGUCCACGGUACUGCACCAGAUAUUGCUGGUCAGGAUAAAGCCAAUCCUACGGCUUUAUUGCUGUCUGCAGUUAUGAUGUUACGGUAUAUGAAUCUCACUUCAUACGCAACAAAGGUUGAACGCGCCGUAUUCGAUGCGAUUGCUGACGGGACAGCUAAGACAGGAGAUCUUGGAGGUACUGGCACCUGCUCCUCAUUCACAGCUGACGUCUGCGCACGUAUCAGGAACAUGGAUUGA